AUGCCUUCACCUGACGAGCAACCAGAGAACCUGUCACUCCUCCUAGUAGAAAUGCAGAAACAAUCUAAAUUACUGCUGGAGGGUAUCCUGAAGGACAUCAUCAAGAACAGCCCUGAAGGCCGCAAGAUUGCUUCAGAAUGGCUACUAGCACCAAAGGCUGAUGUGAAAACCGAGCCCGUUCUCCCUGUCUCUUCCACCGCCCGCGUCACUUCUGAGGUCGCCGUCACUUCGGCGCGCGUUACUUCUGAGCAAGAAGUCAGCGUCCCAAUGACAUCCCGCUUUGCAAACUGCAUCUACUGCAUGGAAAAGUUCGACGUCACCCGAAACUCAGAGACAAGCUGUAGAUAUCACGUUGAGCUCGACAUCAUCGACGAGGAAAUGUGCGACAAGGACGAAAUUGCCUAUGGACUUGGAUAUGAUGGAUAUGACACUGAGGAAUAUCGCGAAGCUUGGCCGAAAAUGUUCUUUCAUCCUUGCUGUGGAAGGGACUUGACGGAGGAUAUGUGCCAGGUUGGUUGGCACAAGGCUGUGGACCCGGAUGAGCGUCCUCGCAAGCGAACUCGUCGGGACUAUGACUAA